AUGGCGAGCCCAGCACCGUCCCUGACCUUCCCUGACGGGAGCCUCGCUGCUACUGUCACUAAAAGCAGCAUCACGGAUGAUCAGUUCCUGAGUCUUCCGCUAGAGGGACAGAAAUGCCUCGAGGAUUUUUGGAACAGCAGCUUACCUCUUGACGGAGUGUACUGUAACGCCACCUGGGACUCCCUGUACUGCUGGCCGGCCACCCUGGCUGGGAGGACGGUCAACCAGUCCUGUGCCACAGUGUUCAGCGACGUGCCGGACCUCCUACACUAUCCCGAUGCGUUGGCGUACCGUGAGUGUGACGGGUCGGGGUCCUGGUUGUGGGGCAACUGGACCAACUACUCCCAGUGUCUCAGCGUCAUCGAGCAACAGCAGCCCAGAUCGUCCAGGCUGGUGGAGGCUGUGAGGUACAUCACCUUCAUUGGCGCCAUCUUCUCCCUCUUCACCCUCUUCCUCACUGCCUUCAUCUUCACCUACUUCAGGACGCUGGAGUGCGACCGGCUGCGGGUCCACAGGAACCUGGUGGGGUCUCUCAUCGUGAACUUCCUGGUGAUGCUGGUGCUGAUUGAACCCUUCAUCUUCCACCGCCUCACCAAUACCUACCGUGACGUGGACUGGUUGUGCAAAACCCUUUUGGCACUCAGGAUGUACGCCCAGAUGGCCUCCAUCAACUGGAUGUUCGUGGAGGGUCUCUUCUUGCACUCCAGACUCACCUCCAAUGUCUUCGACUCCGGCGCUCCCUUCACCAUCUACUACACUAUAGGCUGGGGCGCGCCCCUUGUGUUCAUCCUGGCAUGGUCGAUCACCAUGUCCCUCCACUACCAUGUUCACUGUUGGCAAGGUUAUGGUGGACUCUUAUAUGCUUGGAUCCUCGUGGCUCCCAUGGUCACUGCCCUCAUGAUAAACUUGGUGUUCCUGGCGAACAUCAUCAGGAUCCUGGUGACCAAGUUAAGAGCCAGUGACGCAGUUGAAACCACCCAAGUCAGGAAAGCCAUCCGGGCGGCAGCGGUGUUAUUCCCGCUCCUGGGCAUCACCAACCUCAUCUUUGCUGUCAACCCUGGCGACAAGGGCGACCUGGAGGACGCUUACAUGCUCACUAAUGCCCUCCUCCAGUCCUCUCAGGGCGUGUUCGUGUCGGUGCUGUACUGCUUCAUCAACAGCGAGGUGCAGGACCUGCUACGGAAGCGUUGGCGCCAGUACCGCACCAGACGCCUGGGCUACCCGGCUCUCCACCACCACCGCCGCAAGAAUACCAGAACCACCAGCGUCCUCGACACCUCCAUCUACGUCAGAGCCAGCCCGCAGCCUAGCCCACGCCAGCCUGGCUCCCAGUCCCUCGGCAGAAACCACACCCUCAGAAACAUCCAGCGACACCCUGGCUCCUACACCCUCAACACCCAAGGCAAUAACGGCAGCCACGACAACCAGGCUCUAGAUACACACUCCUUCAGCAUCCCCGCCCUCGACAACCACGCUCACGAUAAUCGCGCCUUCCAUACUUCGGCGGUGUAGUUGGGGUCUUCCGUCCUCACCCUCGAGAUAUCUCUGUUGUAUUAGUACCGUCAACACCGUCCCUCUUCAUCAGGAUCGAGAGACAUUUAGUGUGUAGCUAACGCUCUCAACCGCUAUAGUAAUUAUAGAACGUGUGUAGCAUAGCAACUAUAUAACUAUGGCUAGGAGACGUGUGCCGGUUAAUUAUGAUGUUGAUAAUUCUACAACUUAACCAAACCCAACUAGGCAGAUAGGUAGGUGGUGAAAUCCGAACUCCGUUUCGGGAUGGAGUUCAUAUGCGAACUCCGUGGGGGAUAGAGUUCAAAUGCGAACUCCGUUUUGGGAUGGAGUUCAAACCCAAACUCCGUUGGGGGACGGAGUUCCAAUAUGUACCCAUAGAGGUUGUCUUCUUCCCCUGGGUAAUGCCGACCUGGUCUUCACACCGCAGACAGCAGACAUCUGUGGUGUGGAGUGGUCUCCUCCUCUUAUGUUCAACUAGAGCUUCACAGACCACGGACAGGAGACAUGUGUGGUGUCUGUUAAAGCUCUUGUUAAUUUUCCAAUUAUGAUUUAUACAAUAGACUUUUGGCAGUAACUGUUCUAUUGUGGAAACUUUAAAUAAAGUUCCGUUGAGCAAAGCUAGCGUAGUAUCUAGAGAGACUGAAAAAAUAUGCCACAAGCAUGACAAAAAAUGUUGUCAAAUAGAUGUUAAAAUCUUGGUUUUCUUACAUUUGUAAAGUUGAGACUGAUGACAGUCUCAUCAUCCAUAAUGAUGGAAUACAACGGAAUACACAUUA